AUGGAUCACCUUCAGUGGCUGGUGAGGCUUUACGCGUUGGCGGUUCUCCUAGGUUUCCGCCUGGACCAGGGCGCUUGCCAGCACUACCUCCACAUCCGACCGGCCCCCAGUGACAACUUGCCCCUGGUGGAUCUAAUCGAGCACCCGGACCCUAUCUUCGAUCCCAAGGAGAAGGACCUGAACGACACGUUGCUGAGGACCCUGCUGGGUACCCACUUCGACCCGAGCUUCAUGGCCGUCUCCUUGGCUGAGGACCGUCUCGGCGGGGACGACCUAGCCCAGAUGGACCUGCUGCUGCGGCAGAGACCCUCCGGAGCGAUGCCCAGCGAGAUCAAAGGGCUGGAGUUUUACGACGGGGGGCUCCAGGCUAGCAAGAAGCACCGGCUGAGCAAGAAACUCCGUCGGAAGCUGCAGCUCUGGCUGUGGUCGCACACUUUCUGCCCGGUCCUCUACACGUGGAACGACCUCGGCAGCCGCUUCUGGCCCCGCUACGUGAAGGUGGGCAGCUGUUUCAGCAAGCGUUCUUGCUCCGUUCCGGAAGGCAUGCUUUGCAAGCCGGCCAAAUCCGUGCAUCUGACCAUUUUGCGGUGGAGGUGCCAGCGCCGCGGGGGGCAGCGUUGCACGUGGAUCCCCAUCCAGUACCCGAUCAUUUCCGAGUGCAAAUGCUCUUGCUAA